GCUUCUAUUUUAUAAUUUCUAGUCAUGCGAAUCGGAUUGGCGUUUUUUGUUUUAAUUCUCCGGUUUACUGCGUUUGUUUCGCGGGCCCGAGGUUCCAUAUAUCAGGAUUUUAAGGUGAAUUGGUGUCGACAGCGAAAGUGGAGGCUAGAUUGGGAGAAUCUACAAAAGCCGUGUCAAAAUCUUCAUUACAGAAGAAACAAUGGGGAACAAUACGAAACGUAAGUUAUUAUGACUAAUCUGUAAACUUGAUAUUAAAUUGAAUUAAGCUAGCUAGUUAAAGGUCUCAAACUAAUUUGAAUUAACUAGUUGUUUUCUCCGAUGAGAAGCGGAUAGGAGACUGCUCAAAACAAUAGAUCAACGACCUGAUUUACUAAGCGCCUUCAAGUGCCAUGAGAUUAUUAAAUUUGUUUUGAAUCUCUGCUUAUGACCUCAGUAUCGUAUCAUGUGCAGAUGAUUCUAAACUGGCUCAAAUCCACAAUGCAGUUUCAGGUCUUUUUCGGAGGUCUUGAUUCCGUUUUAAAUUCAGUCCCAGACACUAGCUCCUUUCCUUUAAAUCAACUAGCCUACAUUGUCGUUUCAGUUGACCAAUUAGUAUACGGGUCAUGAACGACUUCGAUGCCUUAAUCAUGAAAUUAGAAUUUACCAAGGGAAUUGAUCAGAGCUCGUGAUUUGCUCAUGGCAAAUGUAAACUCGAAAAGGAUAUGAUCAUGACCAUCACAAUCAUCAUCUUUACCGUAAAAUUUUAUAACAUAAAAAGCUCCGGAUUAAUAAUAGAGUAAACACUGUGAUUAAAAAAAUAAGAACCUGUGGUUUUUUGUUUCGGGCUGAUGCAUUUCUUAUAUAUUGCAUACGUUGAGAGAAUGAGCCCUAAGCAAGGUGGUCUCGUUAGGGGUUCUUAUGAUUAUUUCUUUCCAAGUUAGUUACUGUCUAAUAUCUAUCUACGUUUUCCUUUAAUUAGCGAAUAUGUGUGAUUGAUUAUAACAGGUCUAAUAAUCACAAUAAAUAAUGAAAAUCAUAAACUAUGGAAAAUGUCAACCCCUGCGGUGAGGGUGGUAUGAAAGUGCAAAUUUUGGGGGUGUUUGUAACAGGUCGGCCAGCACUUAUGCUUGAAGUGUUUUGUUUUGUUUUGUUUUGUUUUUUUUCACUUUUAGUUCUCGUUACUAAAUUAUUAGCCAAACUUCAGCCUGAGGUUCUUAGUAGAUCUUAUUCAGGAAACUUGCGAUCUUUGUACGCGCUUAAGGACCGAAGGGAUAAAAGCAAUGUCACCUGGUUUCUAAGGAGGCCAAUAAGUGCUAAAAUUUGCCAAUAUUCAAGAAAUCGCGAUCGAGUUUGUUUAUAGCAGACAGCAGAAAAUAAUAACUUUUUAUCUUACAGACGAUAAUAGCAACUCAUAGGUAGAGGUGGUCAUUGUUACUUUUUGGAUCCAAAAACGACUGUAGAUGUCCUCACAGCAAACAAUAACGACGAAGAACGUGGAAAACUCUAACUGUACAUUUGACGUCAAGUUUUGAGAGAAUAAGCAAACUCGACCGCGAUUAAUCGUAUUGGCAGACUUUAUCGACUUUAUCAGUUGUUUUCCCGCUCAAAUACCACGUGACCACAGUUUUUUAUCCCAUCAAUCCUUAAAGCGCGUGCAAAGAUGGCUGGCAUCUUGAAUAAGGCCUUUUUCAAAUAUGAAAAUGUUACCUUAAAUCAUUCCACUGUGGGACUCGUCUUCAGUAGGCUCGGCUUAUAUGCAGCACAUACUGAGUUUUUAAUCGUAGAGGCCGCUGGUGCCUGUCAAAUUUGGGGUAGUUGCCAUAUAUAAACGGAGGGCCUUAUUUAUAUUAAGAAAUUUCUCAGUAUAACAACCCUUAUUUUUUUGCACAGGAUGGCAACUUCCCCAGCAGAAAGCGAAAUUUUUGAUGUGCAGAUCCGCCCUGCGGGGGAAUACAGUCGAUUCUUCGUCCAGUCUCGCACAAACUCUGCUCGGAGGAAGGCAAUCGGCGGAGAUUCAUGGCGGGUAUAUCUGGAAGGACCUUCCAAUGUAGCCGGGACCGUAUUUGAUCAUAACAAUGGAAUAUAUGAAGUUCUCUUUCUUAUCAUGGAGCCUGGUGCUUACAAGAUUAAUAUGAUUCUGGAUUAUACCCUUUGCGACGGGCUAAUUGAUCCUCCGGUUGAUUGGUUUAGAAGUGGUAAGGAAAAGAGGGUUGUAAAAUAUAGUACUAGAAAUACGUUAUCGCAAAAUCCUCGCGAAGCUUUAAAAGAACCACUGUAAGAAUAAAGGGAAACAAGCCAAAAGGAAAACGAGUAAUCCAAGCUUUGCUUUGCCGGCGACUCGAACUCGCUUCCUCCGAAUAUCCUAUAAGUGAAGUAAGACCCUUGACCACGCAGGCACUGAAUAAUUGCGGACAACCAAGAGAUCUAUUUAAAUAUUCGCAACCCGAGUUUCUGCCUCGCCGUGCGAUCGACGCGCACGAGAAAUUUAUAAAGCUUGCGAGGUGGGGGGCCUUCGCCUCGCUUCGCUCGGAAUCAUUUGGCAGAUUUAUGACCCUAUUACCUUUGGUUGAGAGUCAGAUAAACGGACAACUCUAUAAGAUGUAAACCUCGGUAAAACGGACACCUAGAGCUGGUCCGUGUCUUUCUUUGCAGUCAACUCCCUCUUAGCCGGACACCUUUAAUUUGGGCCCAGUACUAAGUGUCCGUCCUAAAAGUGUCAAAUAAAGGAAUUAAAGAAAGGCAAGGACCAUCUCUAGGUGUCCGUUUACAGAGGUGUCCGUCUUAUAAAGGUGUCCGUUGAGAGAGAGACGACAGUACUCCCUUUAAUUGACUCUCUAUAAGACGGACAUCACACUUAGAUGGACACUCAGCGCCGUUCCCAAAGGCGUCCGUCUAAUAUAAGAGAAAGUUGACUGCCUUUCAAUGGGAUCGGCACAAAGUUUGUUUCUAGUACAUGUUAAUGAUAGUUCAGUCCUUUUUACGACUCUAUUAAUUUACCUCUUCCUUUCUAACUGUCAGCUCACUGCUCGGGAAAGUUAAAGAACGUUCACCUAAGCAACCAGCUAUUCUCAGAAAUGACCGGAUACAUCAAUCAACCUCUGCAAUCUGCCACAAGCAAAACUCUUACAAUACCUUGGCAGCGUGUUAGUGAAAUGGGUAAGAUGAACUUUAAGUAAACCUUCAUGUCUCUUACACGGGAAGGGUGGGAGGGGAGGAGGUGCUCAACAAAAGAUUUAACCUUGAGCUCCGCCCAAAAGACUGACCCGUUACCCUUUUAUAUAUCAAUUUUGACAAGAAAGGUACCUCUUAUGGUAUCUCUUUCACAUACCUAGUUUUAGAAAAUUGCAUACUUUCUAACUUUUUUAAACGCACUGUCUUUAACGCAUGAAUGAAUCACAAAACCCGAACGAUUUCUCACCUUUUUACAGCCAUAAAAUGCAUCUUUUAUCCCCUUUGAGCCUUUUUACAGACCGGAAUGACAACUUUCCCUAACCUUUCAUAUACUUCAACUUGUGUAAUCAAUACCCUUUUCUAUACCUGAAGCCGCUGAGAAAGAUACCCCUGAAUGACGGAGCCUCGACCGGAGCCUCCCUGUAUGGGCAAUUGUAAGAAGUAACCCCCAGGGUUCUCCUAAAACAUUGCAUUACUUACGGAAGUGUCCACGGGUACCCACCAAAUUAAGACUCUUUUCCGUAAAAUAUUUGUUGGAAGGGAAAUUUGUUAGGAAGCUUUCUAUAGUUAGAUGAAGGUUAACAAUUUCAUGACGCUUGUUCCAGUCCAUUCUAUCCAAAAGUUGUAUUUAUCACAUAAUUGCUGCCCAGGUUUGGCUGUUUUUCAUAAAAAAAGGAAACAUAAAACUUUGGGCCACGAAAAUUAUCUCCUUCAUAGGCUGACCGAACAGAUUCAAAUUUUAUAGCACCGCUUAGAAUGCACUUGUAGCUAUCUAUAAAAUAAAUUUGGAUAGCCUGAAAUGAAUUUUCAAUACGCUUAGCGGGAUUUCGUCGUUUGGCGCUACUGAGAGUCUCCUUGACUCGUUCACUUGAAAGCAACUUUCCAGUAAUUGCAAUGUUCCUUGUAAACAGGGAAUUUCGUUCUUGUUCUUGUUUUUGUCUUUUGAAUUUUUACAGGUAUAUACAUAACUAAACUAAUCACUAUACUUUGUCGAACUGAAUGCAUUAGAAAUUCAAAAUAACAUGCGUCAGGCGGACAACGAGUGUGAUAUUCCAUGUAACGUACUGUGGGAUGGUUUCGGCAGAUGGGUGGCUGGUUACACAUGGAAGCCUUAUAUCAACUCCACAAGAAACGGUACUUCCUACUUCAGAAACCCAAGGGAGAAUGGGUACAAACUUUGGGCGCGGUGAUUUCUGGGAUUGUUUGGGUGCAUAAGCGUUAGUUAUGAUUGGUCGAUGGUAUCCAAGCCAAUCACUAACCAAUCAUAAGUAACGCUUGUCCACUCAAACGAUCCCAGAAAUCGUUGCGCCGAAAGCUUGUACCCAUUCCCCUGGUAAUUUCUGGAAUCAGGUAUUAACGAUCUUAAAGUUAGCUUAUUAGCAGUGAGCAUUACACGAUUUUACACGUGAAUAGAUUGCCAGUUAUUUUUCCUAAUGUUGAGUAAAUAUAUCAUCGAAAGAUCAACGUAUACAGAUGUCACUCUAUUAGUAAAUAUUUGCUUUUUUUACUUCAAAGCGAUGCGUUUCAACAUACCGAUAAUGUUGUGUGAUGUAGCUUAUAGAGUAUUGAGCCUGAGCUUUGUGGCGAACAUUGAAAGGUCUGAACUUGCAAAAGUAUGUACCAUUGUAAAUACUUAUACGCACUUCAGAGCCACAGACUCUGAAUUUAUUGAUGAAAUGUUUUGACUGUACACGUGACAAGCCAUUCGAAGAGUUGAAACCUUUUUUAACAACAUGUUUUUUCUUUUUUUUUUUGCCUUUUUCAAGACACGGUGCUUGCAUCCAAUGUGCUUCUUUUUUUUUUAAUCAAUGAUCAUAGACCUGAGUUUUACAUUCGGUUAAAGACAUAUUUCGCCUAAUGUAUCAAUCGCCCCAAAACUGGCUUGCUAACUAAUUUUGGUAACUUUCGAUCUCUAAAAUUUUGUAAAGUUAUUUAUAAGACAUUAAAAAGCUCACAUGACCGCGAGCUAUCAACAAAGGACCUAUCAAUCAUUUAAGACCAAUCAAUUUUAUUCGCUCUCGUAGAUUGCACGUUCUUGAAAAACCACCAAAAACAACACGAUCACGUGACAGGCCGAGGUGUCUUGUGGAUAUAUGGGGACUCAUUGAGUUAUUACUUCUACAAGUCACUUACCCAACCUGGCAGGCUGGUUUGUUCGACAGUGUUCAAAGAUUGUAAUUGUACAUAUAACUGGAUAUACCCCAAGACACUCUAUGAGCUAGUAAGUAUACUACACGGCUGUUUCAAAUACCAGUUGAAUUCAUUUUUCUUGGAAAAAAUUCAGUAACGUAAGUCGUUCACGCGGUAUGGGUUCCUAGUGAAGUUUAUUUCCAAUCACCAGCAUGGCCGUUAAGCCGUUAGAACGUGAAAUGCGCUUGAAAAAGCUACACUGGAUCCGGGGGGUUACUUAGAGGAAGCUUGGGUAGUGGUGUGUCGCCAAGGUCGUUAAACUCUGCACCCCAUUGACGAAAAAAAUCGCUCAUUUCGCGACUUGUUUUAUUUAAUAACGGCUAUUCGUUUCGUUUUAUACGCAGAAUUUACUGCGCUUUUCACAAACAUGCGAAUUCUGAAGUUCAAAAGCCAACUGACGAAUGCGUUUCUCACUGCCGUCAAUCAUCUUAACGGACCUCUUAGGAAACAAAACUUUACUUUAACGGGUUCGAAAGGUCAAGGUUUGUGAUUUGUGAUUGGUGGAUUUCGAUCCGUUUUGUGUGUUUCUGUGUUUCCAGGUUCGUUGCUUGUGAUCAUAACUAUGAUUGACGGUAGCGAAAAACGCACUUGUGAAGGUGGCUUUUGAACUUUAGAGUUCGCAUGUUUGUAAAAGGCGCAGUAAAAAGGUCUAAAAUUAAGACAGAAUCCACCAGGACAUCGAGUAAUUUUAAUUUUCAGUGGACAAAAUCCUUGUACCAGAAUAAUUUAAAGAAUAUUGCAUUCUUUGUUACAUUUUUCAAGGGCUAAAGAUGACAUUAGUCAUCUAUAAUAACACCAAAGAAAGUUGAUACAUGAAUGUCAAAUUUCACAAGAAUUGUGAAAACACAGGUAAAAUUCUGAAACCUUCAUGUUUUAGAUGUCAUUUUGUGAGAUUUGAGAUUCAUUUUCUCGGGCUCCCAUCGGAAAUUUUCUUUGGUGUUAUUAUAAAUGACUAAUUACAUCUUUAGCCCUUGAAGAUGUAAAAAAGAAUGCAAUAUUAGAUUAUUCUGGUACAAUGUUUUUGUCCACUGAAAAUUAAAAUUACUCAGUUUCCUGGUGGAUUCCGUCUUAAAUUAUGUUUUUUGUUAAAAAAGAAAUGGUGACCUUUUUUGGUGAUGUUGCUUGGUGUUACGGAACCAUUGUUGGUUCGCUUUUCAGGGGCGGAUCCAGGAUUUUUCUUAAGGGGGGAGGAUGCACCACUAAGGUAUGGCACCUUAACUGACUGGUGACGUGACGUGCCGAACUACCAUUUUUACGGCGUUUCACAUAAAUUCUUCAACCUCGUCUCAUGUUUUACUUCAACUCUAACAAACCACACAGUUAUUUUUUGCGCACGUUAUCUCGGGGAGGGGGGGGAGGGGUGCGCACUCCCUGCACCCUUCCCCUAGAUCCCCCCUGCUUUUGUUCUGGUAUGGUUAUUGUUUGCUGUUUUAUCAAACUUUUGUAUUACGUCAUUCUUUGAUCGCACCUGUCCGCAACACCAGGAAAGUUUCUUUUUGGCAAACCUACUUCUUUGAGGACUUCUGGUCCAAGAAAACACUUAAGUGAGCACUUGAACUCGUCUAUAGCUAUCCGAUCCCUUUUAAGCUUAAACCACGUUCACCUUUUAGAGUAUAGAAAAUUCAUUUUCUUUACAAUUAGUUUCUUGGUAACAAUAGGAAGCUUAAGCAACGACAACGGGGACGGCAGCGAUAACAGCAAAAAAGCAGUAGGUUUAGAUCGGCAAAACAACAACUUUGCACGUGCAUCACGCUUUCUUGUACAUUUCUUUGCUGUCACUACACGACUAUAUCACGUGAAAGUGCCUAAUUUCACGUUUUGUGGAGGACGUGAACACAGCCGAGAGACUUUCUUGUUCUUUUCCUCAAUUUCUAUACAGUCUUUCAUAAUCAACUCCAGGAAAAUUUGCAAACAUUUGACGAAUUGAAUUGAUGGAAUAAGCUCGAUAAAGUUUGAAGCAGCGCGUAUUCCCUUGUGAAGUGACGUUUUCGUUGCCAUCCCCGUCGUUGUUGCUUAAGUUCCCUAAUAACUGAAGUGUUCAUCCUGGAGAAACAGUCAUGUUUUUCAAUUCUUGAAAGACGUUAAGGGUGCAAGAUAAGUGGGCAGGUGACACUAUCUGGUCGUCACAUCCACACUGCUAACGUGCUUUCAAAGUCUUUGGUAACUUGCAGUGAUUUACGUUCCCGUUACAAAGAAAUCAUUAUUACGCAGUCUCCAUUUAUGAUUUUGAAAUCACAAGACGAUGUUUGAGCGUAUAAAGUACAACUUAUUUCGCGGACAUGAUACACCCCCCCCUCCCUUCUCCUCAACCCUCACCUCUCAACUCAAUUAAAUACUUUAGUAAAUGACUAAGUGACACGAGUAACUCUAAAAACCCUUACGUGCAACUACGCUGACUACAUUUCAACCUCAUUCCCAGGGAUCUUUUCGACUUUUACCCGGGAAGACGAAUAGAUCACCCCGGAAACGAGGCUUUCUACAUUUUUAGAAAUUCAUGGACCAAUAGUAUUUCGCUGAUUAUAUGUAAAACGCGGCACAUUGUCUAAACUGCCGCGAAACAUCCGGGAACUUUUCAUGCGCGCAGGUUGUAAAAUUCAAACUUCGUGAAAGAAAAAGACGCGUGAUAACAAAGAAAAUGGCAAAAAAGGGCCCACCACUAAAUAUAUGUAAGACGCUCUAGCACAGUGUCUUUUAUUACUGAGAAUAAUUAAUUCCGUAAUUCGUUGUGACAGACAGAAACAUGUGGUGAGAUGAGCUUACAAGUGCCCAAAGUUUUGAACUACUUCCGUGAUGUGAUCCUUAGGAGAGACAUGGAUAAAGAUAGUGCAUUAUUGCUGAACGCUGGUGCGCAUUACGUCAAGGUAUUUUCACUGAUAAUUUUCGCCUGUUACUUUUAUAUGAAACUGGGAUAUUUGACAAUUAUUCCUCGAGCCAGACUGGGCUCUGAGUCAAUAGCGGCCGAAUGGGCUAUUAACUCAGAGGCCAUGAGGACGAGAGGAAUAAUUGUCUUAGUAAAAUCCAUCAAGCUUAAGUUGGUCAAAAAUGUCGAGGAUAAAAAUAUUUUAGCUAGUUAAGGCUAGACUUUAAUCCUUUUUCGCCGCCAAAAGCCCGCGCUUUUCGCUACUAGUGGGCUAUAACAUAUAGCCUAGUAGUAGCUCAACCAAUCAGAACGCAGGUUUGAUAAUAGACCACUAAUUGGAUUUUACUAAUGUCAGAUAUCUGCUUUUAAUCAAUUUUUACCGUAGGCGAAAUCGGUAGAGCCAUAUGACGUUGUGAUUCUGCAUUCUUACUGAGUAAGAAACCUCCUUUAAGUUUAAAGUUUUGCAAACAAACGGCGAAGAAAUGUUUUUUUUUUCUUUUGUCAUUGUUGUUUCGCGACGAAACUGUUUUAUCUUUUAGCUCGGCCACAUCAUCGUGAUGAGUACCACUUGGAAAACAAAGAUAAAAAAAAUAGAUAUAGUGUUAAUUUAUUGUAAUUGAAUUAUUUUUUCAAAUAGUUCGAGCUUAGUGAAAGUCUUGGAGGAAUUUAGUUAAGAUGGUGGACAUAUAACUAUAUCACCCUAAUCACGAUCAAUUUUCUAUUCUUAUUUUGGGCUUGGCAAUCGCUAAUAUUGGUCAUAGUCAUGGAUUUUGAACAGAGAUGUUAUCUGUAAGGGAACCUUUAUAAGAGAAAUGAAAAAAUCAAUAGAGAGCGUUGGAGUUACCGAGUUCCCUUUACGAUUAGAUCUAAGUACCACCCCUCACACAUUUUUGCUUUGAGCAAGCUGUUUUUGUUUUUCUAGCUAUUAAAUUUAUCAUUUAUUUAGACGACCAGUUUUCAAAGCUAUAGAGCAGUCAUACUGGCUUUAAUAGAAGAAAUAAAAACAGCGUACAAAGGAAAGCCUGUCUGGAAAUCGACAACAGCUAUCCACGGACAAACUGCUGACAUCAUGGGUGCUUUUCGCAGGUUCACAACAAACCACGUAAGUAUUGACACUGUGUGACUCUGACCAAAGCAGCGAACUUUCUCUAAAUUUUGCUGAAAUUGUCAUAUGAAUAACAUAACUAAGAGCAAGAACAUCUGACAAUGGGUCUCUUUAAAAAUCCUUCAAGGUAUGACAUUAUUUCUCAAUUGUCCUUAAGGCGAUGUUAUACGGGAAGAUUCGCAAGGACGAUUUUUAGCGCAACACAGUAUUGCAAUGCUGAACAAUGUUGUAACCAUUCGAAACGAUGUCGCAACUGACAAUGUUGGGACGCUGUGUUGCGCUAAAAAUCGUUGUUGCGAACCGUCUCGAGUAACAUCACCUUUAAGUAACAAAAGUGUAUCUUUUUUUUUUCAAUUUAAUUGACGCAAAGACAAGUUUUGGCUUUUUAAAAAGAUAGCAAGUAACGUGGGGAUACUCUACAAUGACAAUUAGUGCCUCAUGCAGGGAAGUGAGUGGAGGAGUGUUAGUUCCUCUUUGUGCUUCACUCUACAGAAACCACUCUCUGUAAGUUCCGGCCUUGUGUUCUCUUUUGCCUUUACUUUUUGCACAUUUGUUUGAAUUUCAGAGAAUUCAACUCUACAAUGCUUUCGCCAACUCAGCUAUGUGUAAAAACAAUAUCAGUGUAUUGGAUGUGUAUCCUAUAAGCAACUCUUAUCCUCCAGGAACCAUGGAUGGGAUACAUUACAAGGAUGAAGCAUUCUACCCUGUUAUAGACCUUCUGCAAGAAUAUUUCUCUUCAUCGCCAAGCAAAGAUUUAAGCCCCACUCACGUGCCGCUUAAUACGAUAAAUAGACAAGUUUCAAAUUCUAGGCCAGUUCUAACAAGAGUAUUGGCAAGUAUAAAAUAAUAAUAAUAAUAAUAAUAAUAACAACAACAAGUGAAAGAAUAGUUUUUUUCCACUGACAUUCCAUAGAACUCGCCAUUGCCGAACCGGAUUUCUACAUUCCAGGGCCACACCUUGGCCAUUUUGGAC